AGAGAAAUGGUCCCGACCAGAUGGAGUAGGACCUCAACAGGUUCCAAGUCUCAGAGAUCCAGGCCACCAGGGUAUGCAAGGUGGGCAGGGCCAGAGCCCCAUCAAACCAGGAAUGUAAUUUGAUGAAGUUAAGAUUUCUAGAUAGUGUAGGGAAAUAGCAGGGAAGCUGAAAUGGCUAAAGUUCUGCGCAGAGACCAGAGAGGUGACUCAGAAGUGAAGCACCUUUUCACCCACCCAGCUCAAGACGACCUAAAGACGCAAACGGGCUGGGAAAAGAGCGUGCACUACCUGGUGGAAGAUUGGGCCUCGGCGCCCGCCGUAGAUAUGAUGACAAAGCCGGCGCGUUGCCUUGGCGCCCUUAAGACGCCACAGGGCGGCCGCUGUGGAGUUCUUCGACGGGAUCCCUUGAUCGCCAUGUCUGUGAUGGACGCGUUGUGGGAAGACCGCGACGUGCGUUUCGACGUGUCCUCGCAACAGAUGAAGACAAGACCUGGGGAAGUCCUUAUUGAUUGUUUAGAUUCAAUCGAAGACACAAAAGGAAAUAAUGGAGACAGAGGUAGACUCUUAGUAACAAACUUAAGAAUCAUCUGGCAUUCCUUGGCAUUACCCAGAAUCAAUCUUUCUAUUGGUUACAACUGCAUAUUUAAUAUUACAACAAGAACUGCUAACUCCAAACUGCGAGGCCAAACCGAAGCUCUCUAUAUAUUGACAAAAUGCAACAACACCCGAUUUGAGUUUAUAUUCACAAAUCUGGUUCCUGGUAGCCCCAGGCUUUUUACUUCUGUGAUUGCUGUGCACAGAGCAUAUGAAACUUCUAAAAUGUAUCGUGAUUUUAAGUUGAGAAGUGCAGUCAUUCAGAACAAGCAGCUGAGGUUAUUACCACAGGAACAUGUGUAUGAUAAAAUCAACGGCGUAUGGAAUUUAUCCAGCGACCAGGGGAAUUUAGGAACUUUUUUUAUUACCAAUGUGAGAAUUGUGUGGCAUGCCAAUAUGAAUGAUAGUUUUAAUGUCAGCAUACCAUAUCUGCAAAUUCGUUCAAUAAAGAUCAGAGAUUCGAAAUUUGGUUUGGCUCUUGUCAUAGAAAGCUCUCAGCAGAGUGGAGGAUACGUUCUUGGCUUUAAAAUAGACCCAGUGGAAAAACUACAGGAAUCAGUUAAGGAGAUCAACUCCCUUCACAAAGUCUAUUCUGCCAGUCCGAUAUUUGGAGUGAAUUAUGAAAUGGAAGAAAAGCCACAGCCACUUGAAGCUCUGACUGUUGAACAAAUUCAAGAUGAUGUGGAAAUAGACUCUGAUGACCACACAGAUGCUUUUGUGGCUUAUUUUGCUGAUGGAAAUAAGCAACAAGAUCGUGAACCUGUAUUUUCAGAAGAACUGGGGCUUGCAAUAGAGAAACUGAAGGACGGAUUCACACUGCAGGGACUUUGGGAAGUAAUGAGUUGAUCUUGAGUUGAGCUGGAUCUCUAUAUAAAGAUAUCUCAAGAUUAAAAGAUACUGCUUGCCUGCUAUAGGCAUGGGAAUAUAUAUAUAUAUAUAUAUAUAUAUGUGUGUGUGUGUGUGUGUGUGUGUGUGUGUAUGUGUGUGUAUGUAUUUUUAUAGUUUAUGAAGUUUUUAAUAAGGAAAAACUCUUUAGUUUUAGAAAACUGUCAAAAAAUAAAAAUAAAUAAAGAAAACUGUCAGUUUUCUAAAAAUUAUAUUAAAUAUCAUAACUGAAAUGUACCUAGUUUAUAAAUGUUAAUAUUGUAACUAAUACUUGUAAAAAUAUUGAUUUUCAGAUAUUAAGUGAUUGUAUCAUGUUGUAUUUAAUAAAGAUUUUUAUGCAGCACCA